CUCCCACUCACAACGGAACUUUUCUUCAUCAACCUCACCGAGAGUCGAGCCCUCCCAUGAUGACGGUCCUCGGCAAGCGCAAGGCCCCCGAGCCUUCAAUCUCACAAGAGGAUGCUAGCGAAAUAUUCAGACGGCAUUUCGAGUCGCGCUUUGCCCCCAUCGAGGCCGACCAGCCACCGCCGGCUGCCGACGAUGGAGACGAUGGAGACGACGAGGUGGUCGACAACGACAGCGGCAGCAGCGAUGGCGAGGCAGGUCAACGGCGGCCACGGCACGACGCAAAAAGCGACGGCGAGGACGAGUCUGAAUGGGGCGGUCUAUCGGAUGACGAGAUUUCGGACGAUGAAGCCGACGCACCGACGGUUGAGGUGGUAGAUUACUCGAGUUCGCAAACGCCAAAAGCGAACACCAUGUCAAAACGCGAACUCAAGGCUUUCAUGUCCUCCCGACCGCCCGACCAGUCCCUCCGAUCCCAGCUUCAAUCCGCCCAGCCAUCCACAACCUCGUCCUCUUCCGAUCCUCUGCCCGAAGACGCCCCCUCCCUCCUCGCCCAGGAUCUCGAGCUCCGCCGCCUCCUCGCCGAGUCUCACCUCCUCUCUCGCAACACCCGACCCCUGACCUCCCUCUCCGCCAACGCCGUCGAGCCCAAGGCCUUCGCCGCGGGCCGCACCCGCCAGCGUGCCACCGACAUGCGCAUCCAGGCCCUAGGCUCCGCCUUGUCCAUUCACAAACAAGAGAAGAUGCCCAUGAAGAUGCGCAAGGGCAUGGUCGCCGCCGCCGACACCCGAGAGGCCAAGCGCAGGCGCGAGGCCAGGGAGAACGGCGUCAUCCUCGAGAGGGAUACUUCCGGCAAGGGCAAAAGCAGGAGGAGAGACCGUGGGAGAGACCUAGCCGUAGACCGGCCAGGCAUGGGGACUUUCAAGGGCGCAGAGCUGAGAUUGAGCGAGCAUGAUGUCAAGAGGAUCGAGGGCGGGAGGGACACGUUUGGCAGAAGAUCAAAGAGGUGACUGUGGUGAUGUUAUGGCUCCAGGCCUGUUCGUGCGCUCACGAGGCGAGUUUUACGACGUAAUGAGCGUCAUCCUCAUGCUGCACACCAAUACGAACGCACCAGAUGAUGGCUGGGCAAAGAUAUCAACAUAUGGGAUAUAUUGGUUCUUCAUUACCCGUUGAUCCAUCGAACUAUAGUAUCAAGAUUCACACUUAAUGAUCCUGUCCGUCAUCUCCUCGAGUUAAAGCAGGUAGAUGUACAAAAUGCGCUAUUCGCACCUCACGCCAGCAACGGAUCACCCACCCGGCGGCUUUCCUAGCAUAUAUUGACGCUCCGCAGCUCA